AUGCCUUAUUCCCAGUGGGUCAGCCACCUCCUGGACCUGGGCCUUUGGUGCUUGGUGAAGAAUAUUUCAAGAUACAUCACAGACAUUAAACUUUCGCCUCCUAAUAUAAAGGACAAGAUGAUUAAAAUUAUGAAUUUUCAAGGGCGAAUAACCAAUUCCAACAUUAGUGAGAUUUUGCUCCCCGAAGUGGAGUCUCUGGACCUCCCCAGCUGCAACAUCUCAGAUACUGCCUUGUUGUGGCUUUGUAACUGCAGGAAAUUGAAGAAAUUAAAUUUAAAUUCCUCCAGAGAAAACUGUAUUUCCAUCACUUCAGAAGGGAUUAAAGUGGUUGCCUCGUCCUGCGCCUUCCUCUAUGAGGCCUCUCUGAAAAGGUGCUGCAAUCUCACAGAUGACAGCGUGCUUGCUCUCACCCUCAACUGUCAGCUGCUGAAGAUAGUGGACUUUGGCGGCUGCUUGGGCAUCACGGACAUGUCAUUAUGGGCCCUCGGAGAGCACUGCCCGUUCCUGCAGAGCGUGGACUUCUCUGCCACUCAGGUGACUGACGGUGGGGUGCUUUCGCUUGUGAGUGGACUCUGCACUAAGAAGUUAGAGGAGAUUCACAUGGGGCACUGCGUGAACCUGACCGACGGUGCCGUGGAAGCCGUCCUCACGUGCUGCCCUCAGAUACACAUUUUACUCUUUCACAAGUUCCCCCUAAUAACAGAUCAUUCCCGAGAAGUCUUGGAGCAGUUAGUGGGCCCUAACAAGAUCAAACAAGUGAUGUGGACUGUGUACUGA